AUGGAUACCAAGGGCUGCACAACAACUCUUUCUUCAGCACCACCCCAAAAUUGCUCUGGGAUUACAAAUUUUAGGACCAUCUCCUCUAACAACAGCUGCCAUCAUGGUGGUCCUGAAGCCACAAGCUGCCAAUCAACUGGCCAUGUUGUGAGAACUCCCCAGGGUCAGUGCUGCCAACCCACUUCUUCUUAUAUUGGUCGCAUCCCCAUCUACCUGAUAAGCAAUUUCAAUGGCCAGUCUUCUGUGGAUGACUGCAGCUCAUACCCUGAAGGCAUCAACAAUAAUGAGAAAGAGACCAUGCAGAUUUUAAAUGACCGCCUUGCUAACUACCUGGAAAAGGUGCGAAUGCUGGAACGAGAGAAUGCUGAACUGGAGGGUAGAAUCCAGGAGGAGUGUAACAAAGAGCUCCCUGUCCUGUGUCCUGAAUACCUGUCCUACUACACCACCAUCGAGGAGCUCCAGCAGAAGAUCUUGUGUACCAAGGCUGAGAAUUCCAGACUGGUCUCACAAAUUGACAACACCAAACUCGCUGCAGAUGACUUGAGAGCCAAUUACGAAGCUGAAGUGUCCCUACGCCAACUUGUGGAGUCCGAUGCCAAUGGCCUGCGACAAAUCUUGGAUGUACUGACCCUAAACAAGGCUGACCUGGAGGCACGAGUCCAGUCUCUGAAGGAGGAGGUCCUCUGCCUGAAAACCAAUCAUGAAAAGGAUGUCAAUUCUUUACAGUGCCAACUUGGGAACAGACUCAACAUUGAAGUAACUGCUGCACCUUCUGUUGACCUAAACCAGAUUCUACAAGAAAUGAGAUGUCAGUAUGAGUCCAUCAUGGAGACAAACCGUAAAGAACUGGAACAAUGGUUCAACACACAGAUGGAGGAACUGAGUCAACAAGUGGACACCAGCUCUCAACAACAGCAAGACUGCCAGAAGGAGAUCAUAGAACUGAGACGCACCAUGAGUGCUCUGGAGGUUGAACUGCAGGCUCAGCACCGAAUGAGAGAUUCCCAGGAAAGCAUCCUGACGGAGACAGAAGCCCGCUACACAACCCUGCUCGCCCAGAUCCAGAGUCUGAUCCACAACCUGGAGGCUCAGUUGUCAGAGAUCAGAAGUGCCCUGGAAAGACAGAAUGAGGAAUAUGAGAUUCUGCUGGACAUCAAGACCCGGCUGGAGUGUGAGAUUGCCACAUACCGCAGCCUUCUAGAGACCUCUGACAGCAAGCUUCCCUGUAACCCAUGUGCCACCAAAUAUGAGCCUUCCACUGGUACACCAUGUAAGACCAAAGCCAUGGAAUGCACUGCCCCAGCUACUACAUCCAGCCCCCGUGGGAUACUCAAGCAUCACAGUGCCUAUGGACCCCCACCCCGGAUACUGGUUAAAAUAUGCACCAUCACCAAGGAGAUCAAAGAUGGGAAGGUCAUUUCUUCUCAUGAGCACGUGCAGCCUUGCUACAUCAUCCGACCUGCCAAAGUCUAA